ACUCAAGUCAAAGGAUAAUAUGAUGAAGUGAAUGUGUAUCUGAUAUGAGGCUUCGACUUCCCAGUACUUCAGCCGCCAUGAUUCAUUCUAACUCUCUUCACAAACGGAUUGUUUCAAAACCGGAACUGGGAAAUGAGGAGUUCACGCAAAAGGUACUCAACAACAGAAGAUGGACAUUGCCAAGCCCCGAAGCAAAAAUUCACCAACUAAUACAUACACAAGGUCCUACUUUCCUGUUGAACACCCAUCCAUCUUUUGGCGAUGCCAAUCGCGUGAAUGAACAAAGGAAGUACUUUUAUGUGGUUCGGGAUGAUUUGUUGCACCCACUUGUUAAUGGCAACAAAGCAAGAAAACUAGAUGGACUACUUCCUCUGCUUCAACAUUAUUCUGUCACUGAUGUGGUUACAUGUGGAGGCUGUCAGAGUGCUCACACAGCUGCUAUUGCUGUUCUGUGUGCUGAGAGAGGAAUUGUGUCACAUCUGCUUCUACGAGGAGAGCAGCCUGAAAUCUUGACAGGCUAUAACUUGAUGUCUACAAUGUAUGGAAAUGUCACGUAUGUUCCAAGAACUGUUUAUGCCAACAGGGAAGAGAUGCUAAAGAGCUAUGCCGAGUCAGUGGCUGGUAACGACGGUUCUGUCCUAUGGUUCGGUGAUAUCGUUCAAGCUUCUUCAGCAACCGAAUUGUUUACUGAUCCAAACUUUAUGCAAAUGGAUGUAAGUAGAAGUGAGGAAAACCAUCUACGAAAGAUUUUAGUUGUCAAUGAAGGUGCUGGUGAUUCUGUUGCUCUACUAGGUGUUAUUCGCUUAGUGCAAUACUUAUCACAGAAUCAUUUACUUGGAAAACAAAGGCUCAUGAAAUUUGUUGUAGAUGCUGGUACUGGCACAACAGCUAUUGGUUUAGGACUUGCAGCCCGUUGCUUAGGACUCCCAUGGGAGGUAUAUGCUGUCAUGUUGGCUGACAAAAUUGAUGGGUACAGAAAACAGGAGGAGCGUUUGCUUUCUGAAUUCAAGAAGCAUUUUAACAUUGAGUUUAUUGACCACAAUGUAAACAGAGAAGAUGCAGGGAUUGUGAAUUGGGUGGAGCGUGGCCGUCCAAGAAAAUUUGGUAAUGUCUUGGAAGGGGAAGUGGAAGCAUGUCAGCAAAUUGCCCAACAAACUGGGAUUUUGGUGGAUCCUGUGUAUACAUUAGCUGCUUGGGAAACAGCAAUGCUUCUCUCCAGCAACGAAGCUGAAGGAGGACCAGAAGUGGUGUUGCUUCACACUGGAGGCACGUUGGGUAUGUUUGGGUUGGCCCAAAGGUACAAAAAAUAUUUUGGCAUGCUCAAAAAAGGACACAGUCAUUAAUAAUAGAAAAAAGGGUUGUUGUAGUUUAGAUGACAGGUUGAGAGGCUUUAUGUUUUUUCUCCCAUGUAUAAAUUCUAGUAAGCUGCUAUUGACACUUUGGAUUGAUGGAUGCUCAUUCUAAUCUGACACCGAUGAGUUUUAUUGUACUUGGAAACUGAUAGCAUGAAAGGUUGUUCAAGAGAUUUUUUUCAUUCAUAUCUAGGAGGAAAUAGACUGUGUUUGUAUCAUUCAGCAUGGGGUUUAUUAUUGUAUCUGUCUGUUUACUCGUAACUUACUAAGGAUAUUAUGAUGAAUAUUUGGUCUAUUCCAAACUAUAUAGGCUUGUCAUA